GCUAUCGCCAUUCGAAAGUGGGAAGUGUUUGUUUCUCUCCAUUAUUAAAGCGUUUUUAAAUCGUUAAAGCAGUUUUACUGUACAUUUAUUGAAAGUACAGGCCUUAUUUAUUUAAAAAAAGCAAGCCCAAGUGAAUCUGUUCACGAUGGAACCAACCGACGGACAACAAUACAACCUAAAAUGGACAAACCAUACGAAUAAUAUCUUGGAAAUGUUCUCACAGCAGUUGUUGAACGGUAUGUUAGUGGAUGUAACUCUCUUUUGCGAAGGGCAGUACAUUCGGGCGCACAAGAUGGUCUUAUCGGCAUGCAGUCCCUAUUUUCAGGACUUGUUUCGGUUUCACACUGUUGACCAUCCUGUUAUAAUCAUGAACGGGGCACGGUUUAUUGCAGUUAAACAAAUGGUGGACUUUAUGUAUCAGGGUGAAAUAAAGGUGUCCGAUGCCGAUCUCGAUCACUUACUAACGAUAGCGGAAAAUCUCCAAAUUAAGGGAUUAUGCAAAAUUCGUAGGGAAGGGGGUGAAGGAGAAGCCGAAGCACUUAAGCCGGAAGAGACACCGAAAAAACGUAAACGAAGAAAAUUGUCACAGUCUCCAGGAAGCGCAAUUGAUGAUCUGCAAACAAAUGGCGAUUAUAGUUCAAACCAAAGCCUGGAAUCGCCGACUGACGACGGUCCGGAGUAUAAAAAUUAUGCAGUGACAUCCGCUAUGAAAAUUACACGACCAAAGAAUGCUUUCAUGAUCUUUUCAGGUGAAUGGAGGAGAAAACUGCAGUUGCAGCAUCAAGAUGAGUCAAACAGAGAGAUAACAGUCCGUUUAGGAAAUAUGUGGAAAAACUUUUCAACCGAGCAAAAAGAUGAGUACUUUAAGCUUGCAAGACAAUUGAAAGAUGAUCACAGGUUGAAAUAUCCAGAGUACCAUCUUGCCAGAGAUGCUUUAAAAGGGAAACGUAAAGCUAACAGAAAGUUGAAAAGGAGAAAGGGUUUACCGACAACCGACACCGAAGACAAUGAUGAGGCUAACGAUAUUCCCGACGUGCAACCGGAGCCAAUAGAACCUAAAAAAGAACGUCCCAGUGUAGAUGAAAAAGAAGAAGAGCCCGAUGAAAAUAAUUUAGUUAUGGCUGACACUCAUUCCAACGAUUCUACCGCUGAAAACAAUGAACAUCCGCAAACCUAAGCAAGAUAUAAGUCACAAUGAUUCAUUUGGAAUUAUUAAAGUUUAUGUAUUGUAAUGAUGUAAGAGAUAUUUUCUAUGUAUGGCUGCUAUGCGCGGCACUAGAGUCAUAUAUCAUUCUUGAUGUCGAUAUUUUUAAUCGUGAAUAUGUAAUUUAGGAAAUAGUUGGAGAGUAUUUAAUAAGUUAGAAAUAAGGUUUGUCAUCACAAAAAGUACUUAAUUGAUCAUUUGUACGUAGAUUAACAUUUGUCUUGCAAAACUGCUUUCCUUAGCUCUAGAAUUCAGAAUAAGUAAAUUAAAUAUACUUUAAAAUUUCUUACCAAAAA